AUGUCAUCUAUGGAUUGGGAUGCUACUUUAGUAUCAAUUCUUAAUAAUACAUCAUCACAACUGAAUCGUUAUUUUUCAAUAAUUAUUUUUGCAUUUGGUACUAUUGGAAAUAUUUUAAAUAUUCUUGUAUUAGCAGAGAAAACAUUUCGAUCAAAUUCAUGUGCUUUAUUAUUUCUUGUUUCAUCAAUGGCAAAUCUUGUAACUAUUCUUUCAGGUUUAAUACCUCGAAUGUUAUCUGGUUGGAUAUCAGAUCUUACAAAUACAAUCAGUUGGCUUUGUAAAUCUCGACUUUUUCUUCUAUGGACAGUCAGAACAAUUGCUUUAUGGAUUAUUGUAUUAGCUGCCAUUGAUCGAUGGUUAUUAACAUCUACUCAUAUUCAGCGACGACAAUUUAGUACAUUAAGAAAUGCUUAUCAUGGUAUUAUUAUGGCAUUUAUUUUUUCAAUAAUUCUCAAUGUCGAAUUAUUUUAUUGUUACGAAGCAAAUGUUAUAAAUGCACCAUCGAAAUGUUAUGGUAGAACAGAUACAUGCCGAUUAAUUACUGAUUUUAGUUAUGCAUUUCCUACUAAUAUCAUUCCAAUAUUUUUCAUGCUUGUAUUUGGUAUCAAGACUAUUUUAAAUGUUCGUCAUACUCGAAAACGUCUUCGACCAGAAAAUACUUCUACUGCACCAAUAGUUAAUCAACCAAAUCGAACAAAAAAAAUCGAUCGUUAUAUGCUUGUAUCAUUGCUUACUCAAGUUAUUAUUCUUUCGAUUUUCUUAUUACCAAGUGCAAUUCUAAAAGUUUAUUCAACUUUAACAAUACAUUAUAAUAAAUCUCCUCUUCAAAAUGCUAUUGAAAAUUUUAUUUUUAAUAUAGGCGUUCUUUUUGCUUAUAUUGGUAGUGGAUCAACAUUUUAUAUUUUUACAUUAUGUGGUGGAAAAUUAUAUCGAGAUGCUGUUCGGAAUUUAAUGAAACUAAUUUUGAUCAAAAUUAGAUGUAAAAUAUCGGAAAGAACAUUAAAUCAAACAUAA